AUGUAUGAACUAUUCGAUUACAAUUAUUUUACUGAUGAACUAUUAGAAACUUAUGAUAUUGAUUUAAAUCUUUCCCCUUUAUCUAAAGAAGGCGAAGACCUUGAGGAUCUUCAUAAAAUUCUUACGGAAAAUAAUGCUAUAAAAUUAAAUUUCUAUUUAUAA